UAAAAGAGAUAAAAAUAGUGGGACUAUGCAUGACAGAAGCACCCAUUUUGUUUUUUUUUAGAAAUAAAAAAAACCGAGGUCGUAGUCCUCAACGAAGAAACCCGGCAAAGAAGAUGAAGAAAAGCCAAAAUAAAUAUCAGUUUUCUACAAUGUGGACUUACGAAGACUUACAAAGUUCCAACCGAAAGAAAAAGAAAAGAAAAAAAAAAGCUUCAAUUCUUCUCUGAAAUUUGAAAAAUCCUAUAUUGAAUGGAAGAUCCAAUGGAAAGGAUAGGAUCGGAGGAAGAAUCGGGAUUAGAAUCGACGAUCAAAGAAGAUCUUUCCAUGGAGAUCGAUCCUCCAUUCAAAGAGAACGUUGCUACCGCAGAGGAUUGGCGGAAGGCUCUCAACAAAGUUGUUCCGGCUGUCGUCGUCCUCCGUACCACCGCCUGUCGUGCUUUUGAUACGGAGUCUGCCAGUGCUGGUUCUGCUACCGGUUUUGUUGUUGAUAAGCGAAGAGGAAUUAUUCUCACGAAUCGGCAUGUCGUUAAACCUGGACCUGUUGUUGCCGAAGCAAUGUUUUUAAAUCGAGAAGAAAUUACUGUCCACCCCUUGUAUAGGGAUCCGGUUCAUGAUUUUGGCUUCUUUCGUUACGAUCCUAAUGCCAUUCAGUUUUUAGACUAUGAGGAGAUUCCACUUGCCCCAGAGGCUGCUUGUGUUGGGUUAGAAAUCAGGGUUGUUGGUAAUGAUAGUGGAGAGAAGGUUUCAAUAUUGGCUGGUACUAUCGCUCGUUUGGAUAGAGAUGCUCCUCAAUAUACAAAGGAUGGCUAUAAUGACUUCAACACUUUCUACCUUCAAGCAGCAUCUGGGACUAAAGGUGGUUCAAGUGGAUCCCCAGUGAUCGAUUGGCAAGGCAGAGCCGUGGCGUUGAAUGCUGGUGGCAAGACAACCACUGCAUCUGCCUUUUUUCUACCUCUAGAACGAGUGGUAAGGGCUUUAAAAUUUUUCCAAAAAGGAGGAGAAUCGUACACAAGUAAGUGGGAAGUAGUUUCUAUACCACGCGGUACGCUUCAGACUACUUUUCUCCAUAAGGGGUUUGACGAGAUACGUCGUCUUGGUCUCCAGAGUGAAACAGAGCAGAUGGCACGACAUGCAUCUGCACAAGGUGAAACUGGAAUGCUUGUUGUCGACUCUGUGGUGCCUGGUGGCCCUGCUCGUAACCAUUUGGAGCCAGGUGAUGUACUUGUUCGGGUAAAUAGGGAGGUUAUUACUCAAUUUCUGAGGUUGGAAACUUUACUUGAUGACAGUGUUGAGCAGAAUAUAGAGUUAGAAAUUGAAAGAGGUGGCACACCAUUGAGUGUGCAAUUAGUGGUUCAGGAUUUACACUCAAUAACUCCUGCUCACUUCUUAGAAGUAAGUGGUGCAGUAAUACAUCCCCUAUCUUAUCAGCAGGCUAGAAAUUUCCGUUUCCAAUGUGGUCUUGUAUAUGUCUCAGAACCAGGAUAUAUGUUAUCUAGAGCUGCAGUUCCUAGACAUGCCAUCAUUAAGAAGCUCGCUGGUGAGGAGAUAUCAAAACUUGAGGACCUAAUCUCUGUUCUAUGUAAGCUAUCUCAGGGUUCUCGGAUACCUUUAGAAUAUAUAAGCUACACGGACCGUCAUCGGAGAAAGUUUGUCUUGGUCACGGUUGAUCGCCAUGAAUGGUAUGCACCUCCACAGAUAUACACUCGUGAUGACAGCUCAGGUUUAUGGACAGUAAAGCCUGCAUUUCAGCUGGAGUUUAUGCUCCCAUCUGGUGUUAAUGUUGAGGCUACUCCCAUGGAACACAUACAUGCAUAUAACCACCAAGGGUUGACUGAUGGUGCUACUAGUAUGGAAACCAGUUCUGAACAUGCUUCUGCAGUAUUGCAUUCUCAGAAUGAAACAGGUACUGGAUCAAAAAUAAAGCGAGUUGAGGAGUAUAUGUCUUCUGAUGGAUUUGUUACUGACUGUUCAUUAAAUACAACUGUUGAAGUUAUGUUGGAGGACACAAUUGCCAAGGAAAAUGUUCUGUUAAGGGAUGGUCAAGGUGCAGCAGCAGUAGCUAAUGCGUCAAUUGCUGAACGAGUAAUUGAGCCUACUCUUGUAAUGUUUGAGGUUCAUGUGCCACCGUCGUGCAUGCUAGAUGGUGUCCAUUCGCAACAUUUUUCUGGAACUGGUGUCAUCAUAUAUCAUUCUCAUAGUAUGGGUUUGGUUGCUGUUGACAAGAAUACAGUUGCAGUUUCCUCAUCUGAUGUGAUGCUGUCCUUUGCUGCUUACCCGAUUGAAAUUCCAGGAGAGGUUGUUUUUCUUCAUCCUGUUCACAAUUUUGCUCUAGUUGCAUAUGACUCCUCAGCACUAGGGCUUGUUGGUGUGUCUGCCGUUCAAGCUGCAGAACUACUUCCUGACCCUGCAUUGCAUCGUGGAGAUUCUGUCUAUCUUGUGGGUUUAAAUAGAAGCUUACAAGCAACAUCUAGGAAAUCAGUUGUGACCAACCCAUGUGCUACUCUGAACAUUGGCUCUGCUGACUGUCCACGGUACAGAGCAACAAAUAUGGAAGUAGUUGAGCUUGAUACUGAUUUUGGUAGUGCAUUUUCAGGCGUGCUGACAGAUGAGCAUGGAAGGGUUAGAGCAAUCUGGGCAAGCUUUUCAACACAGCUGAAAGUUGGUUCCAAUACAUCAGAGGAUCAUCAUUUUGUGAGAGGUAUCCCAGUUUAUGCAAUAAGUCAGGUACUUCACAACAUAAUAUCUGGUGGCAAUGGACCGCAUCUUCUCAUAAAUGGUGUCAAAAGGCCAAUGCCGCUCAUCAGGAUCUUAGAGGUUGAACUUUAUCGUACUCUGCUUUCAAAGGCCAGAAGCUUUGGACUUAGCGAUGAUUGGAUCCAAGCGCUAAUCAAGAAAGAUCCAGCUCGUCGUCAAGUUUUACGUGUUAAAGGUUGUUUGGCAGGAUCAAAAGCUGAAAACUUACUAGAACAAGGUGAUAUGGUUUUAGCAGUAAAUAAAGAGCCAGUUACUUGCUUUCGGGACAUAGAAAAUGUUUGUCAUGCGUUGGACUUUGGUGAAAGUGGUGGGGAGCUUAACAUGACCAUUUUUCGGCAGGGACGUGAACUUGAUCUUGUUGUGGGGACAGAUGUUAGGGAUGGGAAUGGCACAACACGGGUGAUUAAUUGGUGUGGGUGUAUUGUUCAGGAUCCUCAUCCUGCUGUGCGUGCUCUUGGAUUUCUUCCGGAAGAAGGGCAUGGUGUAUAUGUGGCACGGUGGUGUCGUGGUAGUCCUGUUCAUAGAUAUGGGUUAUAUGCUCUACAAUGGAUUGUUGAAGUUAAUGGAAAACCGACUCCUGAUUUGGAUGCUUUUGUUAAUGUGACAAAGGAAUUGGAACAUGGGGAGUUUGUCCGCGUAAGGACCAUCCAUUUGAACAGCAAGCCUCGAGUUCUAACAUUGAAGCAGGAUUUGCACUACUGGCCUACAUGGGAGCUGAGAUUUGAUCCAGAGACUGCAAUUUGGCAUCGACAGACUAUCAAGGCCUUAGAUUUUGUUGAUUUUCGACAUAAUCCAGUGCAAGGUUAAAGUAUGGUUGGCAGACUCGGACCCAACCCAGUGCAGGGUUAAGCUUGGUUAGCAGAUUUGGACCCGACCCAGUGCACAGACCAUACGGUGAGUUGUGUUGUAUAGCUGAUUGGUUUACGUUUCAUGGUGAGUUUUCUGAAUCCGACACUCCAAUGAAGACUAAGCAUUUAUAUACUGUAUGAAAAUUUUUUUACUUGUUUUCAACUACUUGAUAUUGUAUUACUUCAAGUUAUAUAGACUUGCAUAGAUAAAUGAUUGGAUGAAAUUUAAAAAAAAAAAAAAAGGGUUUGGAGCUUCCUUACCCAUUCGGUUUUCUAACUUAAA